UGGAACUUUCCAGAGAAAAGGCCUAGCCAUUGCAGGUGUAGCAGUACCGUGCCAAGCCCAAAUUUUUUCUCCUGUACGGUUGUGAUAGAAUUCCAAGCCAGAAAAUAUGGCAGGCUUAUUACUGGGUGGUGAAAGGACAACUGGGAAGGACAUAAGGACGGAAAAUGUGAUGGCUGUAGCUGCUGUUGCAAAUAUAGUGAAGAGCUCCCUUGGACCAGUUGGGCUUGAUAAGAUGUUGGUAGAUGAUGUUGGGGAUGUUACAAUAACAAACGAUGGGGCUACAAUUUUGAAGUUACUUGAAGUUGAACAUCCUGCUGCUAAAGUGCUUUGUGAACUUGCUGAUCUGCAGGACCAAGAAGUUGGGGAUGGCACAACAUCAGUGGUGAUUAUAGCUGCAGAGCUUUUAAAAAAUGCCAACGAGCUUAUCAAGUUCAAGAUCCAUCCAACAAGUAUAAUCAGUGGAUAUAGGCUUGCAUGCAGGGAAGCAUGUAAAUAUAUUCAGGAACAUCUGUCUGUGAGCACAGACGAAAUUGGUACAGACUGUUUUCUCAACGUUGCUAAAACUUCAAUGUCCUCAAAGCUUGUGGGUGUUGACUCGGAUUUCUUUGCUGAAAUGAUUGUUAAUGCUGUGACAGCUGUAAAGAGAACAAACACAAAAGGAGAAGUGAAAAUUCCAGUUAAGGCAGUCAACAUAUUGAAAGCACAUGGUGGAAAUAUGAAGCAGAGCACACUGGUUGGUGGAUAUGCCCUUAACUGUACAGUAGCAUGUGAGGGAAUGCCAAAGAAAGUGACCAACGCGAAGAUUGCUUGCUUAGACUUUAGUCUGCAGAAAGCAAAAAUGAAUCUUGGUGUUCAUGUUCUGAUUGAUGAUCCUGAAAAAUUAGAUGCAAUCAGAAACAGGGAGGCAGAUAUUACAAAAGAGAGGAUUCAGAAAAUAUUAGCAAGUGGUGCAAAUGUUAUUCUAACGACCGGUGGAAUCGAUGACCUAUGUUUGAAAUAUUUUGUUGAAGCUGGUGCAAUGGCUGUUAGAAGAUGCAGAAAACCAGAUUUAAAGAGAAUUUCCAGGGCAACUGGAGCUACGAUCGUUGUCAGCCUGGCAAACUUGGAAGGAGAAGAAAGUUUCGAUGCUUCCCUCCUUGGUCAUGCUGACGAAGUUGUGCAAGAAAGAAUAUGUGACGAUGAACUCAUACUUAUUAAAUCGCCCAAAGUAAAAUCUGCUGCCUCUAUAAUUCUUCGUGGGGCGAACGACUUUAUGCUAGAUGAGAUGGAGCGGUCACUACAUGAUUCGUUAUGUGCUGUUAAGAGAGUGAUGGAAUCUAAAUCGAUUGUUGCUGGGGGUGGUGCUGUUGAAGCGGCCUUAUCAAUCUAUCUAGAGAGCUUUGCAACGUCCUUAGCGUCCAGGGAGCAGCUAGCGAUUGCAGAAUUUGCCAAUUCCUUGUUGAUUAUCCCAAAAAUCUUGUCGGUAAAUGCUGCAAAGGACUCUGCAGAUCUGGUGUCCAAGCUCAGAGCUUACCACAACACAUCGCAAAUCCACAAAGAAAAGGCCGACCUUAAGUGGGUUGGGCUGGACCUAAUCAAAGGUGUUGUCCGUGAUAACAAAAAAGCCGGGGUACUUGAACCAGCGAUGGGCAAGAUAAAAUGCCUCAAGUUUGCUACUGAGGCAGCAAUAACGAUAUUAAGAAUAGAUGAUAUGGUGACGAUUGAGCCUGAGAAGAAAGAAGAUCCAGGAUCAUAUGGCAAUGCAAGAAGACCGGGUGGCCAUCUUCAUUGAAAAUCCUUUCAAAGGUAUUUAUGUUGCGUUCAAAAAAGUAGAAACCGUUAAAAGAACAAUCCGCUGCGAGUGAGGCGUACAUGAGAGCAGAGAAACAGUGUUACAGAUGGGCGACCAACUGUUCUAUUGAAUAGAAAGAUGAAGAACGAUUCCGAAGAGACGAUAUAAAUACUUGAUAGACUAAACUAAAAUGUGGUCAUUUGGCAUUGCGGAUUAAGGAUAGUGAGUUGGCACGUUAGGCCUAAAUUUUUGCGCAGAAUUUGUAAUUUGCAUGAAUCUUUAUCCUGAAAAA